AGUGGUAUAUCUACAAUUACACAAAGAUAGAAGUGGUAUUUCUGCUUCCUAUGCUUAUCCAGAGAAAACAUUAGAUAACGUGAGGUUAACUUUAAUAUAUAAAGAUUUUUCUUUUUUAAAAAAUAAAUAAAAAAAAAUAUUAAUAUUCUCCCAAGAUAGGUUUGUUAGAGAGAUAUGUGGCUAAGAUGAUUUUUUUAAUUUAAAAAGAGAUUGUUAAUAUUUAAAGAUUGUUUAAUUUUUUGGGUUUAAUUAUUGGGUUUAUUUGUUAACGGGAGAUCAAACCUAAUCGUUAAAUUUAACAGAAUAUUCUUUUAUUUUUAAGUAUAUUCUGUUAAACCAAGAAUUGCGGUUAGAUAGGUACUUUUAAUAUAUAAAGAUACAUGUCCUGUUCCUAUAGUACUGAAACAUUUUUUAAGUUGAAGUUGUUUUAUUGGCCUGGUUUAACUUUCUAUUCCACUAAGAUAGCUCUAAUUUUACAAAGAAAACAGUAUAUGGAAUAUCUUGCUGGAGAUUUUUCCCUUUCAAGAAAGUAGAUAGUAAGUAUAUGUAUACAACAUUGUAUAAACAUAGCAAUACUUUUACUUGUAAUGAUAAAAGUAAUAAACAUCAAUCCACCUCUAAAGUGAUUGGUGAUAAGCACGUAAAUACUAGUUAUAGAUUGGGAUUUAUGAGUAAUUAUAAUCAAGGAAAUAGACCUGCUACCAAGUGAAUAUUAGAUUGUUGUAAAAAGUGAAUGAGGUUCAGUCUCGAGUUGCUCACAGUUCCUAUAACAUAAAUUUGAGUUGAAUUGGCAAAUCUACUUACAAAAAAGUACGUUUCACGUUGUUUCUUGACUUUUCUAUAUAUUUUGUUAGUUAUGAUUUUUAAUUACAAAAUUAUGUUCUUCAAUUAAAAAUUUAUAUAAUAAACUAAAAAUUAAAAAAAAAAAAUAUAUAAAAAUACUUCAAUAUAUAUUUUUUUUAUUUUUACUCUUUACAAUUUUUCAUUUACAAAAAAUAUCUCUUCAGUGAAAUAAUAAAUUAUUUUUUAAUUGUUUUACAAAUUAUUUAUAAUUGUAUUAUAGUUGUCAUAUAAUUAUUUUUCUAAUUAUUUUUUGUUAGUUAAUAGUUUAUUUAUGGAAAAUUUACAUUUGGAGCCUUUAUUUUGAUCUAAUUUCCUUUUUUGCCGUGAUCUAUUAUAUUGGGUAAGUUUACCGUUUUUUAUUACCGUUUUAUAUUUAAUUAUCAUUUAUUGAGCCACGCGUUUCCCAAGUGACGUCAGACCAUGUGUUGUCACUUCUUAUCCAUCAUCCCACGUCUUGCAUCUCACGCGCGUCAGGGGUAUCACGUUUUUUGAUAUUCAUGAUAAUUGCUCCCUAUUUUGUAGACUUGUAAGUAUACUGUCUAGUUAGAGGGAGGGAGCGGUUUAUAGGGUUUUUUAGUGGGUUUCUUUUUUUUCAAGUUCAGAAAUUUCUAGUGUGGGUAUUUUUUAGAGAGAGUUUUGAAAUUCAAAAUUUCUCUCUAUUUAGUGUGGCAGUUUCAUAGAGGGUUAUUCAUUUAAAACUUUCUCAAAAAAAUCUGAUUGUAAAUGGUUAAUACUCGUUCUUCCCUUUCUCCAUCUGGUUCAUCGAAGCUUCUUCUUGACAAGUUAAAAAUGAAGAAAACGAUUUCUGAAGAUGACAAUGAAGAUCUUUCUGGUGGUUCUGAGGGCUCUGGUGAUGUUUCUGUUAAGGAAGUGAAGAGGAAGCAAUAUAAUCGUGGAAACAAGAAGGUUACUGACGAUCGGCCUUUGAAAAAAUUGAAACAAGUUGUUGAAUAUGAUGAGGACUUCUACGACAGUGAUGAUCUAGAAGUUGAGAACAAUGAAUCGAUGAAGGAGUGGGAGUUAUAUUUCAAGCAUGAGGAUAGGGUUGGUGGAAGAAUAAUUUUUUUUCCUAACCAUGAAAACAAUGUUAUUGCCAUUAUCAAUAGUAAAUUGACUCCUUCUCAAGCAAAGCUGUUUCGUGAGACAUGUUUUGGACAUUUUUUGGACAUGAAUCCAAUCGCAAUGCAAACUCAGUUGAUUCACAGUGCUUUGCACAGGGAGGUACACCAGAAAAAUCCUUAUGAAAUGUGGUUCAAAUUUGGUUCUCAAAAUUUCAGGUUUAGUUUGGCUGAGUUUGCUGUUGUGACUGGUUUAUUAUGUGUUGGUGAUUCUGAUAUGAGUGGUUAUGCAAAGAAGGAGAAUGCAUUUGUGGAUAAGUAUUUUAGUGAUCAACAAGUAACAGUCAGUGCUGUGGAGGAGAGGUUUAGGUAUAGUGAUUUUAAGUUGGACGAAUACGCUGUUAAGAUGGCGGUGUUGUAUUUCGUUUCUAAUUGCUUGUUCACAAGCCCUAAUUCCAAGAAGGUUCCUAAUGAAAUACUCAAUAUUGUUGGGAUUGGUGAUUAUGAGAGUUUUCCUUGGGGAAAAUUAGUUUUUAAGAAAACUUUACACAACUUGAGGAUUGGUUUGAGGGGUGUACCAAAGAAAAAAACAGGGAAAGAUAUUGGUUCCAAGCAUAUUGAUAAGCGUAAAGGGAAAGCAAAGGCUGCUGAUAAAGAAUCUUCGAGGACUUACAAGUUGCCUUGUUUUCCUUAUGCAUUUCUUGUUUGGAUUUACGAAACUAUUCCUCUUUGUCAGAAGGCUGGUUUUUGUGAAUAUGAUAGUGAUCCAGAAUAUAGGAUUUGUAGAUGGUUGAAUGUGGGUCUUCCUAAUAAUAGUGCUGUUGAGAGGAAAGUUUUUUCAUCUCCUAAGCUGAAAGGUGAAUAUAUAUUUCCUACAGAUGAAGAGAGAUCAAUGCUUAAUCUAUCUGGUCUUGAGUUUAUUGAGAAGGAAGAUUCAGAUGUUGAUGUUGAUCGAGUUGGUGCGAUUGGUUUACAAUCUUCUAUUUUAAAUGAGUUAAGGAGGGACGUUAAAAAAGUAAUUCAAAAGCAAUUACAUUUUGAUGGGUCUUUUGAGGGUUUUACAUCAGAUAUUAAGUGUAGAUUCAAGGAGUUGGAACUCAAUAUGAUUUCCCACAUAGAUUCUAAGAUUGAUGAAAGUUUGCAAUUUUACUUGGAUUUGAAAUUUAAUGACUUGAAAGAAAAGUUUGAUGAUUUAAAAGCUUCUCAGAGUGUCGUGGAUAUCCGUGAUGAUAGUGGUGGUGAUAGUGAUGAUGAAUCUGGUUUGAAAGAUGGUGUUAAUGUUGAUUUGGCAGUGAAGGAUGUAAAUAUGAUUAUUUAUUUUUUUUUACUUGUUUAUUUUUAUUUUAUAGUUUUAAAGUUCUUAUUUUUAUAAUUGAUGUGUUUGUUUGUUUUUUCAGGAUCUAGUUAUGAAAGAUGUUGAUGAUGUAGAUUUGGUUACUGAAAAUGUUAAAGAUUAUUCUAUUGUAUGUCUGUAAAUAGUUUUGUAUUUUAAUGAGCUUUAUUAUUUUUUGCAAUAUUAAGUAGUUUUAUCUUCUUUAUGAUUACUUAGUUUUUCUCAUAUUCUUUUUAAUUAUUUGUUUGUAACAGGAUCCUGUUUUAAAUCUUGCUGAAAGUGGUGGUGUGUUGGUUAAUGAGGGAGACACUGUUGUAGAGGUUUUGUUCAUGUUUCCUUUAUAAAUAUUUUGUUGUUUACAGUUUUGUAUUUUAUUGUUAAAAGAAAUUAUUUUGUAUAUGGAUAUGAUUUAUUAAAAGACUAAUUAAUAUGAUUUAUUAUUUGUUAUGUUUAAUUAUUUUUAUUUAUAUCAUUAUUAUUUUCAAUAUGUUUAAUUAGGGUGAAGGUUUACAAAAUGUUGGAGAUGGUGGUUUGGUUAAAGAAGGACACCUUUGCUUUACUGGUAAUGUUUUUAUUUUCUAUUUGAUUUUGUGUUUUUAUAUAAAAAUUUGUUUACAUGUAACUGUUUACAGUAUUACUGUUUACAGGUAAUGUGUUUUACUGUUUACAUAUUUUUUGUGUGUUUUCUAUAAGUUUUGACUUUGUUUACAAUUUUGUUGUUAUUUUAUGUAAAUAUUUUUAUAUUUUUAUUUAAGUUUAUGCUUCACAAUAAGUUUUAUAUAUGUUUUGUAGGGUGAUAAUGAUGAUGUUCCAAGUUUUGAUAUAAUGGGUUUUCUUUCAUCUCAGCCCGAUGCUAAUGCUGAUAAAGAGAAGAGGAAAAAACAAGAUGAAGAUGAUCAUGCUAAGUUUAAAGAUUUAAAUAAGAAAUCAAAGGAUGAUGAAGAUGAUGGUGAGGACCAGGUAACUAUUUUGUAGAUUCUGUUUUUUUUUAUUUUCUUAAUUUUUUUU